GCGCGGCGGCGGUCACGGCCCCGGUGCCCCGGCAGGUCUGCGAGGAGCAGAAGUGCGAGGAGGAGGUCUUCCCGCUGGCCAUGAACUACCUGGACCGCUUCCUGUCGCUGGAGCCCGUGAAGAAGAGCCGCCUGCAGCUGCUGGGGGCUACCUGCAUGUUCGUGGCCUCCAAGAUGAAGGAGACCAUCCCCCUGACGGCCGAGAAGCUGUGCAUCUACACUGACAACUCCAUCCGGCCCGACGAGCUGCUGCAAAUGGAGCUGCUCCUGGUGAACAAGCUGAAAUGGAACCUGGCGGCCAUGACCCCGCACGAUUUCAUCGAGCACUUCCUCUCCAAAAUGCCGGUGGCAGAGGACAACCAACAGAUCAUCCGCAAGCACGCGCAGACCUUCGUCGCCCUCUGCGCCACAGACGUGAAGUUCAUUUCCAACCCGCCCUCCAUGGUGGCUGCGGGGAGCGUGGUGGCCGCAGUGCAGGGCCUGCAUCUGGGAAGCGCCAACGGCUUCCUGUCCUAUCACCGCCUCACACGGUUCCUCUCCAAAGUGAUUAAGUGUGACCCGGACUGCCUCCGGGCCUGCCAGGAGCAGAUUGAAGCCCUGCUGGAGUCCAGCCUGCGCCAGGCCCAGCAGCAGAACCUGGACCCCAAGGCUGCGGAGGAGGAGGAGGAGGAGGAGGAGGACCUGGCCUGCACGCCCACCGACGUGCGGGACGUGAACAUUUGAGGGCGCCGGCAGCGAGGGAGGGGCCGGCCCCAGGUGCUCCCCUGACAGACCGUCCUCUGCAGGACUGGUCACGACCAGAAGGGAAAGCUUCCUUCUCCCUGCUGUCGGUUUUUUCCUUUGCUCUUUCUCCCUUCCGUCUCUGACUUAAGCGAAAGAAAAAAGUACCUGAAAAACUGUCUUUAAAAAAAAGAA